AUAGUUACGUAUUAUAAGAUAUAGGUCACGUGAUCAAAGAUGACGGUGAAUAGUAAAACUUGAAUGGUUACUUUUAACCACGUGAAACAUGUAUAGAAUGUAAGCGUAGAUUUAUUCUUUUUAGCUGAGAUUCCUGCACCAUUCAUGUUUCCUUUUUAUCUUUUCAUCUUGAGAAAAGAAAAGAGAAAAGAUCGUACAAAAAGUUCGGCUAAAAAGAAUAUAGACCUCUAGAAAAACGCUUUUACCUCGCACUGAUACCCUAACCUUGAAAAAUACCGGUUUGUUUAUUACUUUUCCUUUCGAUAUAUAAAGCGAACAUUUAUCUUGAUGAACAAAAUAGGUCACAAAUGAUAUUUUGAUCUAAGACUGAAAUUUGUAACAGGAUGAAAGGAUGUAAUAAGGAAAGAAGAUAGAAAGGAGAAUAAUUGACAAUAUAUUGAGACUAAGAAAAGAAUUAGAAAAAUGCUUGUUUUUAGAAAAUUUCUAUUAUUUAUGCUCAUUGGCACAUUAACGACGCUAUUUUUUUCUUAUAUUUAUUUUUUCUUUAUAUUAGAUGUAUAUAUUCAAUGGUUCUUAACCAAUAUUCAAGAUAUGCAGCAGUAUGAUUACAUUAUUGUUGGUGCUGGCAGUGCUGGUGCAAUUCUGGCAAAGCAUCUAGCAAAAGAUAAUCAUAGUGUGUUAUUGUUAGAAGCAGGUGGUACUGCUCCAUUUUUUCUCGACAUACCACUUUUAGCACCUAUGAUUCAAAAUACCGUUUAUGAUUGGCAAUAUGUUACUGUUCCUCAAAAGCAGGCAUGCAAAGGUUUAAUUAAUAAUCAAAGCAGAUGGCCUCGAGGCAAACUUCUUGGAGGCACGAGCCGUCUAAAUUAUAUGGCUUAUGUAUUGGGACAUCGACUAGACUAUGAAAAAUGGUUCCCAGACUUUAUUGAAUCGGUUAUGAAAAGUCAUGAAUCAAUAAGUAUUAAUGAAUUAGAAUGGAGUUCUGAUUUUGCUGAUGUAAUUUUGAAGGCGCUAAAGGAAUUAAAUCAUAAUAUUAGCAAUAUAAAUUUGCAAUUGGAUAUAGGUUUUAUGAAGGCUCAAUUGACAAUGGAGAAUGGCAAAAGAUGGAGUUCAGAUAGGAUAUUAAACUGGAAAGUCAAUCGUUCUCUGACUAUACUUACUCAUGCGCAUGCCAAUAAAAUAUUAGUGAAUUUGGAUAAAGCUGAAGGAAUUGAAUUUGUUAGAUUCGGUAAUAAAUAUACAGCAAUAGCAAAGAAAGGAGUUAUUUUAAGCGCUGGUGCAAUUGAAAGUCCAAAAUUAUUGAUGUUAUCUGGAAUUGGACCAAAAAAGCAUUUGGAAACUGUUGGUAUUAAAGUGAUCAAUGAUCUACCAGUUGGUCAGACUUUGAUGGAUCAUAUAUUAACUGGCCUGGAUUUAAUCACACUUAAUGCAAGUCUUGGAUUAACUUUUUCUGAUAUUUUUAAUCCUAUAUCAGCCUUGAAUUACUUCUUCUUUGGAAAAGGACCAUGGACAUCAGCAGGAAUAGAAGUAUUAGGAACUUUUCAUAGUCCACGUGCAAAUAAAUCUACAGUACCAGAUUUACAAUUAAUGGUACUACCUCUUGGGGCAACAAAAGAUAAUGGUUUUAUUUUAAAAAAAGCAAUGGGACUUUCUGAUGAGGUUUAUAGCAAGUAUUUUGCUCUACUUUUGAAUCAAAAUACAGUAACAAUCGCACCUGUUUUAUUACAUCCUAAAAGUAAUGGAGAAGUGCGAUUGCUAAGCAAUAAUCCCAUUGAUAAGCCAAUAAUUGAUCCAAAAUAUUUAUCAAAUAAAGAUGAUAUUGACACUCUUGUAGAAGGCCUGUAUUAUAAAAAAUUGCUGAAUACGGAUGCCAUGAGAGCUUACAAUGUAUCUCUCAAUAAAAAAUCUUUCCCUGGUUGUGAAAAUCAUAUAUUUGAUACCAGAGAAUACUGGAAAUGUUAUGUACAGCACUUAACACUAACUGCUUAUCAUCCAGCUGGUACAUGUCGCAUUGGCGACGUUGUUGAUACAUCAUUUAGAAUUUAUAAUAUGAAAAAUUUAUAUGUUGUGGAUGCAUCUGUUCUUCCAUCACUACCAAGCGGAAAUAUUAAUGCAGCUGUGAUUGCAGUGGCACAAAAGGCUGCCCAUAUAUUCAAAAAAAUAGAAAAGACAAAAAGGCAACAUAAAUCAUAUAUUAUUUGUUAUGUAUUUAAUAUUUGUAUUAAUACCUAAGUAUGUGUAAAUAUGCAAAUAAAACUUAUAAUUAAUUAA